GGGCGGCAUCCAGAGACUUUAUCUUGGCUAUGAAGAGGAGGACGUAUUGGGCUCUAAUAUUACCCCUGAGGUACUCGUCAAGCUCCUACAAACUACAUCGUCAACGAACCCAGAUCUUCACCGCGAGCUGCUCGCUUUCGGCGGGUACGAAAAGUCGGAGGCUUAUGGGGUACUCCGUAAUAUGAACGCCACUACGGAGGUCAUGAACAAGCUCUUCCGCGAUCGCGACUUUUACUCUUUCGGAAAGGCGAUGGCCCCGUUGAUCAUCAAGGUCGAAUACCUUCUCCUGACAGCUGCAUGGCCGGAGGCGGAGGCACGUAGGACUGGCUUUCCCUGCCGCACGUACCAGGAAGCCUGGCCUCUCGGCGCGAAGGCCAUCCGCGAACGUGGCGUACCAGAGGAAACGUACUUGGCCGACAUCCUCGACGUCAAAUAUCUCAUGUCCUUAGGUCAAGAAGACGAAUCGCGCGCGAUGGCUGCUUCGCUCACCGAGAAGCAUCCGAACGUCCCAUUCUUCUACUACGUUGCCAGCCUCCGGGAGGAAGACAUGCAGCUGGGUCUACAAUACGCGAAGAAAGGACUCAAGUGCCCCGGUCUGACGCCAUACGUUCGCUUCAAUCUCUUGUACUGCACGCUAUACAACGCCUUCCAGAUCUCCCAGGAUAAGCUUCGAUUUGCCUCUACAGCGAGUGCGCAGACAAUCGCCGAGGGCUUUGCGUACGCGAGGAGCUCCAUAGAGGACGCGGAGACGUACAUGCGAGAGGCACCACCAGAUUGUCGAUGGUUGCGACCCAUCAUUUAUAUGUGGAUCCAAAAUUUGCUGCUCCUGCGAGGGCAUGAGCUGACGUUGAAAUCUCCAGAACUUGUGGAAGCGAAGCGCAGGCUAAAGCUAGCUGACAAAACCUCUCUCCUUCUCAACCAACGUCUCAAUCGCUCCUUCGGCCGUAUGACCUCCCUCGUUUUUCUCGAACGUAUGGGCGACGCUUGGGCUGAAUGGGGUCCCAUCGUCACAGAAUGGCAAGAAUCCGUGGCGGUUUUCGAAAGCUCACUUCCUCCACCGGUCGACGUCCCGAACGAUGACUCGGAAGAAGGCUACUUGGCCUGGUCGGAACGAGUCAAUAACGCUGUAGCUGCUGAGGGAUCGAACGGAGACGAUACGUCUUGGCGGAAGGCGAUGGCGGAGGUUGGGAAAUUCACGAGCGCGGAAUGGGACUCCUUGGUGGAGAUGAACCGGUGUGCGUGGUGCAGGACCCCGAGCGUUGUGUUGAAGAAGUGUAGAGGCCAAUGCUCUACCAAGUACUGCGACAAGACUUGCCAGAAGCAAGAUUGGCCGAGCCACAAGAAAGUCUGCGAGGACUAUAAUGGCACGAUCUAGUUGAAAGUAUUGCGCUUGUACGGACAUUCGCUCGCAGUUGCCCAAAUAUUUUACUGUUUUCCUACUAGUUAAUAUCAAUGCCGUUCUGUAGUCAAGUCGGUGAGAAAGUAUCGCGUCAAAACCCAUCGUUCAAUACCUGCUCAAGGCCACAUUCAGAUACUUACGCUCUGAAGUAGUACCACUUUUUGUUCAGCGUUUUGCUGGCUCGUCACACACGUAUGGCGCACUUGUCAUUCUUAGAUAUCUUCUAUAUAUAUG